CUUGCCUAAAAAAAGUGUGGUCCAUUCUAAAAUUUGAAAUUCUACUACCAAGUGCUACAAGUUAAAUCGAACAAGAAGCAAAAGUGAGAAAUAACAUUGAAACGGAAAAAGGAAAAUGUCUUAUGUUGUUGUCAUAAACGAUGUCUGCCAUGUCAAGGCCUGCCUUUACCUAGCUGGAAUUCCACCCCCACCAUAUUCUUUAGACCCACCCAUGAUCCUUCCACCACCUCCUCUACACCCCAAUCCUCGCCGCCCUCUCUUCCUUUCUCGAUUCCCAUAUCUUUUUCUCAGUUCUUUCUGACUCUAUACCUACAUACUCUAUCACCUGAAAAAAAAAAAAACUCAUAUUUGACCUGUCAAUAAUCAACUUCAACAAUUUUGACCUUGCUCUUAUUUUUCCUAUUUCAAGUUUUCCCACCUAUUUUAUAUUCCUUCCUCACAUUACAUCACAUAAUCACAACACAAACAACAUUUCCCUUCCUUUGGUUUUAAAUUCAACCUCAACCUCUUCUUGCAUUGCAAACCAUAACCCUUCUUUCUCCUCAACAAAAAACUAAAACCAUAUAAUGAGUAAUACUCUCAUCAACUCCAUAUUAUCAAUACCAACAUCUUUGUCUCUAACCCAACUAAUCCCAUACCUAAUAUGCUUCAUCCUUUUCCUUCUCCUCCUUGAACAAAUCUCAUACCUCAACAAAAAACGUUUCAUCCCAGGCCCAUCUUUGGUGCUUCCCUUCAUAGGCAACGCCAUCCCAUUGGUACGUGACCCAACUAAAUUUUGGGACCUUCAAUCCACCCUAGCAAAAUCAACCCCUUUGGGCUUUUCAGCAAACUACCUUAUUGGUAACUUCAUAGUCUUCAUUAGAGACACAGAACUCUCUCAUAAGGUUUUCUCCAAUGUUAAGCCCAACGCUUUCCAUCUCGUGGGCCAUCCAUUUGGGAAGAAGCUCUUUGGUGAGCAUAAUCUUAUUUACAUGAUGGGCCAAGAACACAAGAAUCUCCGCCGUCGGAUUGUUCCUAAUUUCACUCCUAAGGCGCUUUCCACCUACACCUCGCUGCAGCAGAUUAUUAUCCUCAAACAUCUAAAGUCAUGGGUUGAGAAAGCCCGAGGAAACUCUAUUCCCAUCCGUGUUCUGGCCCGUGAUAUGAAUUUAGAAACCUCUCAGACGGUUUUCGUGGGCCCGUACUUGGGCCUGAAAGCCCGCGAGAGAUUUGAAAGAGAUUACUUUCUGUUCAACGUUGGGCUCAUGAAGCUUCCCUUUGACUUUCCUGGGACGUCGUUUCGUAACGCGAGGCUCGCUGUUGACCGGCUCGCCGGAACCCUAGCUACUUGCACUGCGAUGAGCAAGGCCAAGAUGGAGAAACAUGAAGAGCCGUCGUGCCUCAUCGAUUUCUGGAUGCAGGAUACAAUACGAGAGAUCGAAGAGUCGAAGGUGAAUGGAGUGACAACGCCGCCGUUCUCCACCAACGCUGAGAUCGGCGGUUAUCUCUUUGACUUCCUUUUCGCGGCACAGGACGCCUCCACCUCGUCGUUACUAUGGGCGGUGACGCUACUGGAUUCGCAUCCGGAGGUUCUUGAUAAAGUCAGGGAGGAAGUAGCCAGAAUCUGGUCACCGGAGUCGGAUACGCUAAUAACCGCGGAGCAGUUGAGGGAGAUGAAGUAUACACAAGCGGUGGCGCGUGAGGUUAUUAGAUACCGACCUCCGGCGACACUUGUACCACAUAUAGCGGCGGAGGAUUUCCCGUUAACGGAAUCAUACUCGAUUCCGAAAGGAGCGAUCGUUUUUCCGUCGGCGUUGGAGUCAUCGUUUCAGGGUUUUACUGAACCGGACCGGUUCGACCCAGACCGGUUUUCGGAUGAGAGACAAGAAGAUCAAAUAUUUAAAAGAAACUUUCUAGCGUUUGGAGCUGGGCCCCACCAAUGUGUGGGCCAGAGAUACGCUUUGAAUCACCUUGUUCUGUUCAUUGCUAUGUUCACUUCAUUGAUUGAUUUCAAGAGAGAUAGAACGGACGGCUGUGAUGAGAUCGUGUAUGUUCCAACUAUUUGUCCCAAAGACGAUUGCAGGGUGUUUCUGUCUAAGCGGUGCACAGAGUAUCCUUCCUUCCAUGGGGUUCAGGAGCAUGGGAAUUGACUAUAAUGCUCCUGUUGUUUAUUUAAGGUUUUUUUUUUUUUUUUUUAUAUUUUUAAAUAUUUAGCCGUCGCAAAUGAUGUGUUGACUUUGAAUUUAUUUUUUAUUUGAUGAGUUUGAUUUUCUUUUUUUUGAUAAAAUGGUGGGUUUGAAUUUGAAAUGUUACUAGAAUUCUUGUAAAAGUCUGUGUUUGAAUGUGAUAGGUUAUAUUGAUGAUUGGAUGUUUAUUGAAAUUCAAAUAAAAUGAAAAAGACUCCAAAUUCAUUGAGA